AUGGGAUUUCUCCUCUUCGUCCCUCUACACGUCCCCGCGAAGAUGAAUGGCACGGAGCUCACUGAGUUCAUGACGAGCAGGCUACAGGCUGGGGUGAUGACAAAAAUGUUCGACCUCGCUGGCGCAGUAAUCUUCAUAUACGACUACCUGCUCACGCUCGGGAUGGAGGUCGAAUAUGUCUGGCCCGGGCCAUGGACGACGAUCAAGGUCGUCUACUUCAUCCAACGGUACAUACCGUUCAUCGAUACGAUGUGGAUAGCCCUGUACAUAAACUUUGGAGAGAACCUCAGCCCCGGGCUGUGUCAACGACUUAAUACGGCGGGCAGGGCGUUGAUGUGUGUUGGGUUGACCACAUCGGAGAUCAUCCUAACGUUCCGCGUGUGGGCGGUGUGGAACCGUCCGAAAGUCCUUACAAUUGGGCUUCCUAUCCUCUUCGUCGGGUGCUUCCUCCCUCCAGUGCCGAUUCUAUUCGUAUUCCUCAGUUCUGUGAAGUUCAUCACCUUGCCACAUCCUUCAGUGGGCUGCGUACCGAUUGCUGGAUCUUCGCUCAUCAUUGUUGAUUGGGCACUGUUGCUCUUAUGGGACUCAUUUGUCCUUGCUCUUAUGGCAAUUCCCGCCUUCCGAUCCUUCCGAUUCAGGUCGAAUUCCGCUCUCUACCACGCAGUGUAUGCUGAGGGCGUUAUAUAUUAUUUUUAUCUCUUCAUUAUUUCAAUCGUCAACAUCCUUCUCUUUGGUCUACCCUCCGUCGACGGGUCCUACCAAUUCCUCGCAACAACACUCUCGCGCUGUCUCCACUCAAUCCUUACCAGCCGCGUGCUCCUGCACAUUCGCGCCGGGAUCAACGAGGGCCAGUCGGAAGAAUUUGAACAAAUCAGUAUCGGCGAUGUUACACAUCGAAAGGCGUUGAGGGGCAUGAAGCCUCCUGUCGGUGAAAAGGUAUAA